UGUAACCUCCCACUUGAACCGGAACCUUUUCUCGCUGUGCGGCUCCCUGUCGGUCUGUCUCGCUGACAGCAGCCCAGCACCGAUCACACACCGCUCACACUCCACUGUGCGCCCACUGUUCUCUGCCUGGGGCGCAUGGCGUCCUCAUUUACCAUGCAUCAUGUAACAUACAUCCGGUACUACCGGUGGAAGUGACAUAUAUUCAUCCUCCUUGACAGCUUCGUCUCCGUGGACACCGAGGAUUGACAGGACCCAUGGGCGCUGCUGAGCGGAUGCACCCCCUGCGCUCUGCUGCUCUGUGGUGACCGGCUCGCCUCCGUGGAGUUGGUGACCCAUUCGUUUCGAGCUCUUACAUCGUCGCACAGGAUUAUUGACGCACACCGGCCUCUGGGGUCGAUAGAGGGGAAGGAUGGGGAGCACGACCUCUUGCUGCGUGUCUGCCAGCCCCAAGCUCCGCAGAAAUGCUCACUCCAGGCUGGAGUCGUACCACCAGGAGUCGGAGCUGAGCAGGGAGGAGACGGGAUGCAACCUGCAGCAUAUCAGCGACAGGGAGAACGUCGACGAGCUGAACAUGGAGUACAAUCCCUCCGACCAUCCGCGGGCCAGCACCAUCUUCCUCAGCAAAUCCCAGAACGACGAGCUGUCCUACAGAAACGUUCGAGAUAAACGGAAAAGCCUUUUCAUCAACAACCACGGCACAUCAAGGCGGAAAUAUAGCUCCUGCUCCACCAUCUUCCUAGAUGACAACACAGUCAGCCAGCCCAACCUCAAAUACACCAUCAAAUGUGUAGCAUUGGCGAUCUACUAUCAUAUAAAAAACAGGGACACGGAUGGAGGGAUGUUGUUGGAUAUAUUCGACGAGAAGCUUCAUCCUCUUUCAAAAACGGAGGUGCCCCUGGACUACGACAAACUGGACCCCGAGCAGAAGCAGAUCUAUCGGUUUGUCAGGACGUUGUUCAGCGCCGCUCAGCUCACUUCUGAGUGCGCCAUCGUCACGCUGGUCUACCUGGAGAGGCUCCUGACCUACGCAGAGAUCGACAUCUGUCCGGGUAACUGGAAACGGAUCGUUCUGGGUGCGAUCCUGCUGGCCUCAAAGGUUUGGGACGACCAGGCCGUCUGGAACGUGGACUACUGCCAGAUCCUCAAGGAUAUCACCGUGGAGGACAUGAAUGAGCUGGAGCGCCAGUUUCUGGAGCUGCUGCAGUUCAACAUCAACGUGCCGUCCAGCGUCUACGCCAAGUAUUACUUUGACCUGCGAUCGCUUUCAGAGUCCAACAACCUCAGCUUCCCUCUGGAGCCGCUAAGCAGAGAAAAGGCCCAGAAACUAGAGGCUAUUUCCAGGCUCUGUGAUGACAAGUACAAGGACGUACGGAAAGCUGCGAGGAAGCGCUCGGCCAGCACAGACAAUCUUUGUGGGAUCAGAUGGGUUCCUGCGAUCCUCUCCUAACCUAUCGCCUCAUACUGAACACUGGCAUCAGGCUUCACACACUAACUGGACGAGUGGACUCUUUAAAUACACGUAUGUGUGGACACGGAUCAAUGAGGUUCAAAAACUCAAGGUUGGAUACCCAGAUAAUCCAACGACCUGACGUCUGGGGAUAAAGACUUCCUACUGAAGCUGAUGCUUUCACAGUGCCUCAAACCUUUGAUUAAUAACAUAAAGACAGGAGUUCCAGGUUGGUUUAUCCUCUGAGGAUAAUGAUCUAGCUGUGGACCAAUGAAGACAGUCCUGGAAAAGUCUGCCUUGAAAACUUCCCAGGCUUUUUGAACUUGUCUAUGUGUUCAGUUUUCUGGUUUUGUCCGGACAAGAUCUGACAUAAUCUGCCUUUGAGACGGCCUCGCAACUUCACAGUGAAGCAUAUUAUUUAUUUUACUUGAUAAUGUGAACUUGUGGGACAUGUUGCAGCGGCCUAAACUCUUAGUACUUACAACAUUUCAAAAACAGUAGCUUAGCACAGGACUUUCUCCCAGUUAUUUAUGUCCUUUUGACAGUCUUAGAGUAAUAAAAGCAUUGACACGUUCUCUCCUCUGGAACGUCUUCAUAUUCAAGGUUUACAGUAUUUCUUGCAAACCUCUUGAUACUCAGGAAGUCUGUUUCAUCUUUUGAUUUACUGUUAUGCUCCUUAUUUAAAUAAAGUCUUGGUUUGAAGACGGAA